UUUAUCAAUAUCCAGGCACUAGUGGACAGCUCUCUCUUGUCUCUCACACACAUACAUGGCUGACUUGAUUUGAGAUCUAUUUCACGCAUUCUGGCAUCAAAUCAGCAUCCUCAUUGCUCCCAUUUAUUUUCUGAAAAUCUCCUUUGACCUUACUCGCUCGCCACCCACCGAUUGCUCCACAAAAUCUCUCUUCCUUUCCACACUAUCUAAGUAACCUAUCGAUUACUCAUCACAUUACCUUUUCUUCCAGCUCUACCAUAAACACUGCUGCAAAAAACCACACCUUUUACAUCGUCAACACAGGGAUCUUCAGUCUUAGCUCAUCACGAAUUGGAGAUUUUUUUCUCUGUGUGGUUCGAGUUCAGUGGGGAUCAUGUUCAAGCAAUCGCCUCGUAGAAACCAGAGGAAUAAAGGGAUCAAAGUGAAGCAUGUAUUGCAGAUAAGUCUGCUUCUUGGAGUUGGGAUCUGGUUGCUUUACCAGGUGCAGCAAUCUCGCACUAAGAAGCUGGCUCUAGAAACCACGGAUGUUUCAGGAAAGAUACAGGAUGGGGCCGAUAAUAUCAAGCUAGGGCGGAAGGAUCUCCAACCGAGGAUAGAUGGUGAAGACGAGAGGCCAAGAGAGGAUCAGUCGGAGGAACAAGAGCAGUUUGAUGAUGAAAACAAGCCAGAUGACCGUUGGCAGGAGAAGGAGAAGCCAGCAGGAGAGAGUGAGAGUGAAGGUGAUGGAAAUGACGGAGUAGGGGAUAGUAGGAGCGAUGGUGAGGAGAAGGAAGUGAAGGGAGGUGAAGAGAAUGAGAAUGGUGAAGGUGAUGUCAAAGAAAAUGGGGACAGCUCUGAAAAUGGAAGUGUGAGUAAUGAGGAGAAAGAAAAUGGUGGUAGUGAAGGGGAUAUAAAAGAGUUUACAAGUGAAAAGAAAUCGGAGGAGAAUGAGAGCUCAACUGAAGGAAUUACGGAGAAUGUGAGUCUGGACAAGAGUGAAGAUACGACACAACAGAACAACAGCGAGGAGGAGAACAAAACUGAAGAAACUGCGGGGCAGAAUGAGAGCACAGAGAAUAAGGGUGAAGAAACAACGGGGCAGAAUGAGAGCACAGAGAAUAAGGGUGAAGAAACAACGGGGCAGAAUGAGAGCACAGAGAAUAAGGGUGAGGAAACAACGGGACAGAAUGAGAGCAGUGAGAAUAAGGGUGAGGAAAUAACAGGACUGAAUGAGAGCAGUGAGAACAAGAGUGAGGAAACAACGAGGCAGAACGAGAGUGGUGAGAACAAGAGUGAGGAAACAACGGGGCAGAACGAGAGUGGUGAGAAUAAGAGUGAGGAAACGACGGGGCAGAAUGAGAGCACCGAUAAUAAGAGUGAGGAAACCACGGGACAGAAUGAGAUCACCGAGAAAAAGAGUGAAGAAACCGAGGGACAGAAUGAGAACACCAAUAAGAGUGAGGAAAUAACGGGGCAGAAUGAGAGCAGUGAGAAUAAGAGUGAGGAAACAACUGGACAGAAUGAGAGCAGUGAGAACAAGAGUGACGAAACAACGGGGCAGAAUGAGAGCAGUGAGAAUAAGAGUGAGGAAACAAGGGGGCAGAAUGAAAGCACUGGGAACAAGGCUGAGGAAACGACAGGGAAGAAUGAGAGCACCGAGAACAAGACUGAGGGAACUACAGGCCAGAAUGAGAGCAGUGAGAAAAAGAGUGAAGAAGCCGAGGGACAGAAUGAGAACACCAAUAAGAGUGAGGAAACAACGGGGCAGAAUGAGAGCAGUGAGAACAAGACUGAGGAAACAACGGGGCAGAAUGAGAGCGGUGAGAACAUGACUGAGGAAACGACAGGACAGAAUGAGAGCACCGAAAAUAAAACUGAGGAAUCAACAGGGCAGAAUGUGAGCACUGAGAAGAAGACUGAGGAAACAACGGGGCAGAAUGAAAGCACCGAGAACAAGACUGAGGAAACGACAGGGCAGAAUGAGAGCACCGAGAACAAGACUGAGGAAACUACAGGCCAGAAUGAGAGCACCGAAAACAAGACUGAGGAAACGUCAGGCCAGAAUGAGAGCACCGAGAACAAGGCUGAGGAAACGAUGGGGCAGAAUGAGAACACAGAGAAGAAAGCUGAGGAAACAAGCGGUGAUAAUGAGAAGAAAGAGAGAACCAGUGAAGGGCAGAAUGAGAACAAAAGUGAAGAGGGUGAGGGUGUGGGUUCAAAUGAGACUCCUAACACCACCGAAAGCAAUUCUGUAGAGAGUGGUAGUAGCACUUCGUACAACGACAGCAAUGGCAGUGAUGCUGCUGGAGAAAGCAAAUCAUCCACACUUCCUCAAGAAGACAAAGAGGCUAAUACGAACAUUGACACCCUUGCACAAGGAGGAGAAUCCAACAACCAUGAGGCCACUGCUUGAGGCCACUGCCAUGUGAUGUUAGUUUGUACUUGACAUGGCUUCUUCUUUUGUUGGUUUAGAUUCUUUAUCCUCUUUCCUUUGUUAGAUAUCUUGCAAAAGCAAUGCUUGUACUAUUUGUAUCAUUACAUACUGCUGAGACUUAUCAAGCAGCAUGAGGUAUCCAAGUUGUUUUGCUCA